UGUUAACCUGCCGCAGCCUAUAGAAAACAGUCGGAUAAAAUGAUCAUACAAAGUUACAAGUAAUGGUAAGACAAAGCCAUUAUCGCGUUUCCGGUUUUCUCAUUGCAGGAAAUGACUAUUAUACUCGUACCCUACCAGCAGAAAGAAAAUCGUUCGUGUUUUUCGGUGAUGACACAUCGUCCUUAUCUUAUUUCCCGAGCGAAACUGGCUUACCGUUGAUUUAAUUGCGGAAUAUACUCAUAAUGAAUGGCAGCUAUGUUGGACUGUUGCUGUACUGUAUUCAGCAAAACGUUAUCUCAACUUCGCUAUUGAUAUACAGCCUCACAUGUUCCAACCGAGCUGUGAGCAAUGAACGGUAAACUUGCUGGACACUUAGAAUGUGGAAUCUGUUUGGAACUCGCCGUUAAAGCCGUUGAAUCGACGUGCUGUCAUAAAAUCUUCUGCUCCCAGUGCGUCUUACGCCUCCGAGACGACCGAUGUCCCAAUUGCCGCGAGGACGACUUUGAUUCGGUGGAUUCACAUCUCGCGCGGCGAAUAAUUAACGACUUCCCGGCCCAUUGUCACUUUUGCCAAGCGGCGGUAACGCGAGGAAACGUGGACGACCAUAUGGCGAUGUGUGAUGAUCGGAUGACCCAGUGUACUGCGCCGGGUUUUAAAUAUACCGGCAAUCCAAAAGGAUUUAUUGAUCACAUUGCCGGUUCCCAUAGCGAUCAACUUCUAAAGAACGCAGUGGCACUUUUCAUGCGCAGUCCUGUGGAAGGGGAAGAUGGAGACCGCAUCCGGAUUCGGGACAAUCCCGAUGGGAACGUGGCACGACAGGGGGCUAGCGGCAAGUACUACUGCGGAAAGGCGCUUAACGGGAACUGCCGCUGCUGUGACGGGUUCUGUGGACCAGAUAACGGUUGCAAUUGCCAAGCAUGCAUGAAGCUGGACAUUGCUGCGCGGUGCCUGCCAAAGGGUUAUCUGGUCAACAAGGAAGGUGCCACGUGCAGAAAAGGCACCACCGGCUUGUACUACUGCGGUCGGCGUGUUCUGGUCGGAAAGGACGACUGUGAUGGUCACUGCGGGCCGACCAACGGUCCGAACUGCAGUGCAUGCAAAAUGCUUGAUGUCCAGGCUGAUGACCGGUAUGCUAGCUGUCUGUAGUGGGUUGGCGGCAUCCACGUAGCACGACUUUGGUCGACAGUACUCGACACGGAUUUUUACAUACGGUAUUCGAAAUUUCGAACCGUUCUGACUUCCGAUGGUUCUUUACGGUACAACGCGGAACUGGUUUUCACUCGUAGGUUUCUCUUUGCGAAUAAUUCCUGUGAGUCAACGACUGCGUUUUGUUGGUUCAAAUGUUAUUGCUGUAAUUUGAAUGAAGAAGCGCCACUGUAAUCUUAUCGCUGCUACAUAUAAUUGAUGGGUAUAUGUUCUGCAGCCUAGUCAGUACCACUGUACCACAACUCCAACCUUCAAGAUAUAUCUGAUAUGAUCGCAUCAUGACAUGCGAUACAAUUUGCAAAUAAUCCAGUACGAUGUUUUUCAUCUCAGUAUUUUCGGUUGGGUUGUAUGUAAAUAUGUGCUGCAGACAUUUUCCGUCUCGAUGCAACAUUA